UAAAAAGGUCAUUAAAUUGAUUUUAUUCUAAAAUGUGUUUAGUUGACUAAUAUUGCAUGUGUUCUGUCUUUUAAGAAAGGCAUAAAUGCUUUGGUUAUUUUAAUAAAUACAGACUAUGUUGAAAGUAGCACAGAUAUGGAAUAUUAUUCUUUAUCAGAUGAACAGUAAUAGGAAUUAUGAGCUUAACUCUAUAAAAUUCAACAGCUAAUAUGAUGUGAGGUCAGGCUUCAUGGUACUCCUGCCCUGUUUCCGUAUUGAGCUACCAUUGUAAUAGACAGUGUGUUGUUCUACUACCGUCCUCUGGACAGUUCUUAGGGUUUUAACUCUCUUAACAGUAGUUCCUGGCUUAGGUAGAAAAUACCUCCACUUAGAUUAUCUCCAGAGGCCUGUGACAGCGUGGCCUUUCUUUUUCCUCAGUCUUUGUGUAUUUAUUUAUAAACACACAUACAUGUGCUCAAAUUUGUUUUCUCUUGUAUAUCAACAUUUGUUUGUAUAUUUUGUAUGCCCCUAAGAACUGAGAGGGUAAUUACAUUCAGCAAGACAGUAAAUCAUAUUACAUUACAAUAAAAACACCAGUGAUUCUAUAAAUUGUGGCAGCUUUGGGCUUUUUAUUUUGUUUUAAAAAUAACUUGGAAAUUUAUGUAACAUUUUAAGAACUUAUGAAGUAACAUAAAGUGAUAUGUAUCCUUUAUUAACCUAGUAAAUAGGAUGAGUACUUCUGCUUGCUCACAGGUGUUCUUAACUAGUAAGUGUACCUAAAAAUUCGGUUCAGUGUUCGGUUUUCAGAACAAUCACAACUAUUCUGAACAAGAUUGUUCAGUUUGACUUUUAAGCUAGAGCUAAUUCAAAUAGAAGCCUGCCUCAUUGUCAGCUUUUACAAGUCAGUGAAAGCAUUGUAUAGAAAUAUUAUUCUUAUAGGAUGGAAAGUGCACAGUAACAUAAAUCACUAACAGUAUUUUCACUAGUAGUUUUUAUUGCUUUCAUUAGUGAGGGUUUCAAAGAAUUUUCUUUGGGAGCAAAUGUUGUCUGUUCAGCGCAUAUCAGAAGACUCGGAGACAGCUUUCUGUGCUGGACCCUCUACAGGGGCUGUUCUAUUUUAUCAGAUACCUGUUCUCUGAAACAAUGUCUUAAUUCUUUGUGAGGAAAGUUCUUGAGGAUUAUAUUUGUUUGGAUUUGAUGUGUAUGAAGACAGAUUAUAAUACAAUGAUAGACCUUGUUUGAGCUCCUUAUCUUUCCCAUUUGCUUUCCUUGUGAUCAUUGGUAACGUCCCAUAAAAUAGAAACCAUAUUGUGAAAUAUUAAGAAUAAAAGGAAACAUUUUAAAAUAGAAAUGUAGUAAUUGCCAGAAUUUUUUCCCCUAAAGAUGCUGAAAAUAUGCAAAGAAAGAAAACUAUACAAAUUGAACUUACAAGAUAUUCAAAACGUUAAGAAUUUCCUAUUGUUGCAGGAAGAAAGAAAAUUCAUAUCAAGGAAAGAAAAAAAAACUGGAGCACUGACGAGAGUUGCCUAACUGUUGGUUCAGUGUUCCUGCUGUGAAAUACCCCUAGUUUACUCGUCCUGUUAGCAAACUGAAGGAGAGAUGAGGCACAGGAGGGAGGACAGCUCACAGUACGGUUAUUUAUUUUGGUGUUUUCUACAAUAAAAGCAAAUUUGUUCCACAGUUCAAAGGUAACUCAGUCAUCCAUGAAACUGAAUACAAAAGAAAUUUCAAGGGUUUAUCUCCGGUGAAAGAACCAAAAUUAAGAAAUGCUUUGAGAGAAAACGGAAAUCUUGAAACCAUAUCUCCUGAGAAAAAGUGUGAUAAAAGAGACGAUCCUAUACAAUUAGAAGCAGAGAUGGAAUUAAAAGACUCAAACCAGCCUAAGAAGAAGGUCACUCCUUGGAAACAUCAACGGCUUGGGAAGGUGAAUUCUGAAUAUAGAGCAAAAUUUCUGAGCCCAGCUCAGUAUUUAUAUAAAGCUGGGGUUUGGACAUGUGUGAAGGAAAAUAUGCCAAAUCAGGGUUCUCUAAAUGCCGUGUGGUAUGCGGAGGUUAAAGAACUGAGAGAGAAGGCUGAGUUUUACAGGAAACGCGUUCAGGGAACACAUUUUUCUCGGGACCAUCUGAAUCAGAUUCUGUCAGACAACAACUGCUGUUGGGAUGUCUCCUCAACAACAAGCUCAGAAAGAACCAUUAGUAGCAACAUUAGAGCUUUAGAUCUUGCUGGAGGUACUACAAGCCAUAAGAUUUUACAGAAAUGUCCUCCUACAAAACUAGAAGAAAAAAGACCUUUCUUGGAAGAAGAGCCCCAGAAAAUCCCCAUGGAGAAACUGGGUACGUCAGGUGUGUCCACGGCACCUGUCCGAAGGCGGCUGGCCUGGGAUGCAGAGAAUGGCAGGGAGGACCUACAGAGGCAGCCCAGAGAGGAAGAGGAGGAGGAAGAGGAUGGGGAGAGGGACAAGCCGGUGGCUGCAGGCGAGCUGGAGGAGCUGGGCACGCCCGAGCACUCGAAGGAAGAUGAGAUAAAAGAAGGGUCAGAUUCAUCUUCUGUUUCUUCAGGAAAAGGCAGGCUUCCUACUCCAAAACUGAGAGAACUUGGUGGGAUCCAGAGGACGCAUCACGAUCUUACUACUCCAGCUGUUGGUGGUGCUGUUUUAGUGUCUCCAUCUAAGGUGAAGUCUCCAGCCCCAGAACAGAAGAAAAGGAUAUCCUCUCAGGAUUGUUUAGAAACUCCAAAGAAUGAUUUUACUAAGAAAGAAAGUCGUGCUAUAUCCCUUCUGACGUCUCCAGCUGCUGGCAUAAAAACAGUUGAUCCCUUGCCUUUGCGGGAAGAUUCUGAAGCCAAUAUCCCCAAAUUUGCUGAGGCAACUCUUCCAAUUUCCACAAUUCUGGAAUAUCCCACAAACACCCCUGGACAGUUGCCUUCUCCACCCCACGCCUCGUCCUACUGGCAUCCCUCUCGUCGGAUUCAGGGCUCUCUGAGAAAUCCAGAAUUUCAGCACAAUGUGGGAAAAGCGAGGAUAAACAAUUUCCAGUUACCUCAGCACGACGCCUUUAAUGAUGAAGACGAGGACAGGUUGUCUGAGAUUUCUGCCCGCUCUGCAGCAUCCAGUCUCCGGGCGUCUCAGACCCUGGCACGAGCCAAGAAGAGGAAGGAGAAUUUCUGGGGUAAAACAUAAACCUUGCCAGGUGGCUUGUACACAGGGAACCACUGGCGUAACUUUUCUUUAUUGCUUACUGUGUUAAGAUGUUUUGAGUGUUUUAAUUUUUUUUCUGACAUUCCCUACUUAAACAGAAAUAUUUGAUUUUUAAUAGUCUCUUCAUUUACUUGGAAAUUUUUAACACAGGCUUAUACAAUUUAACUUUUAAACACUACUUUUCAUGUAUAUUCCAAAGUACAAAGACAUAGAUUAUAGAGUUCUUCAUGUGUUACCACUUUUGUAUUAGGUGCCAUGGAUAGAAUUGUACCCAUCCAGAGAAUAUCCAAAAAGAUAAACCGAAGUAAAAUUAAAGUCCCAGUGUGAAGCAUAUAUUCCCCUAAGAUUGGUUAUAUGUAUCUUUAUAAUUGUAGAUGUCAUAAAAUGAAUUUAUUGUUCCUUUAACUUUUGCUGUGGUGUUUUUUAUUGAGUUCUUUCCAUAUGUGAUGGCAGUGUUAUUUAAUAUAAUAGUACUUUGAAAAUACCAGCUGUAUAUAUUUUUCAUAUUUAUGUAACUAAGUUUGCUGGGAGAUGUGUAUAUUUUUGAUCUUUGUGUGUAUUCUAUUUGUAUGGAGACUUUGGCUUACAUUUGAAUAAUGUCCGCAUUUUAAACAAUUAAAAAAUUAUUUGUAUAAUGGAGAAUUAAAACUUUGUAGCCAUUUUGAAAUAAAAAUUAAUCAAGUGUG